CAUACCAACAGCGAGGUUAUUUUUUGUUACGAAUGUUAUCAAACUAGUCACAUUUUGCAGUGUUUUUAAAAACAACGUUGUGUAUCAAAUGAUGCAAUCAAUAACUACUUUCUGUUAAGAAAACGGCAUGUUGAAAUCGAGGUUAUCGAAUCGGUCAGUCUUGUCAAUAAUUUAUAUUGUGCAAGAAGUGUGACAGCCCCCGUGCUCCAAAAUUCUCCGUUUCAAAAUUAAUCAGCAGUAUUUAUUUAAUCGGUGUUAUAUCAAGUUAACUUUUGUCAGUUACUAGUUAACAGCAAAGAAGUCAAGCCUCAUUGUUCUGUUGGUUUUAAGUAGAAUGGCAGAGGAGUCAAUAACUCAGUUUACUGAUAAAUUAUUAGAAGAAAAAAUAUUCACUUGUGCUGCUUGCGAAAAUCUCCUAACUGCACCUAUAACUCUAGUCAAAGAUGUGGGAAAUGCCUGUGAAAAAUGCUGUGAGAAAAAUGAUUGGGAUGGGUUACCAAAUCUUAAAUUAGAACUGAUUUUAAAGAAACUAAAAAUCCCAUGUAAGUUUCAAAUUACUGGCUGCAAAGAAAGGAUUGUUUUUGAAAAUUUGCAAGAUCAUGAAGGUAACUGUAAAUACCAUGAAAAACCUUGCCUUAUGUCACACUUGGGAUGUGAGUGGAAAGGUAUACUGAGUAAUUUUCCUAGUCAUUUUACUGAAUACCAUUCGGAUCAUGUACUAACAACUCAACUUAAUAUGUUUGUAAUCGAAAUUAAUAUCGAUGACGCUACAAAUAUAACAAAAUUUUUAAAAGGUAGACAGGAAUGUAUAAUAAAAAUCAAAAAAGAUGAAGAAAAUGACGUUCUUAGAUACACAGUUUGUGAUGUUAGGAACCCAGACUGUAAUUAUGACUGUAUUAUUAAACACUUUGGCCAAAAUAGUAAUUGUGUUGAAACAAAGUGCAAAGUUUCAUCACUGAAUAACAUACAGUCAACAAAAAUUAAUUUAUCUGCUUUAAAACAAAUGACCGAUGCAUCUGAUACCAUAACUGUAAAUAUAAAAACUUCGUCAGGAAACGAAACUAAAGAAUUUGAUGAAAAAGUUUUGCAAUACUUUGAAUGUCCAGUGUGCAAAACUUUAAUGAGACCACCAAUUUAUCAGUGUAAAUUCGGACACAGCUUUUGCAGUAGCUGCAGACCAAAAUUAGAAAAAUGUCCCAGUUGUAGGGCUCUUUUUGGAACCACACGAAAUUACUCUUUAGAGGGGUUAACAGCUGGUAUUAGUUACUCUUGUAUGUACCAUCAUCUGGGUUGUGAAGAAACUCUUCAAGUUUAUGAGUCAGAUAAACAUGAAGUGGUAUGUCCCUAUAAACCAUACCCUUGUCCACUGGAUGACUGUUCCUUCAGAGGAACUCAUUCAAAUAUUGGACAACAUCUUGAUGAAAAGCACAAAGACAGGGUUAUACGUUCCGAUUUUUAUAAAACCACUGUUGAGUUUCGUUUGGAGCAAAUGAUCGAUUUUUAUAAUUAUCAACAGAAAUUUUAUAUGGUUUUUGAUGAGAACAUAUUCAGAUUAAGUUUUAAACGUAAUUCGGAUUAUAGUUUUUGGGCUGUUGAAGUUCUGAGAAGAAAAGAAGAAGAUGCUGUUUUUGUUUAUGAUAUAGGUAUAAUAGAUAUGAGAAAGCCGGACAGGAAGUUGAUUAGAUGUGAUUUGUGUUUUACUGACACAAAUAUUGAAGAAUUAUUUAAAAAAUGUAUUCUCUUUCCUAAUAAUAUCCUAGCUUCUUACGCGUGCAAUGGAAUGUUCACUUACUAUUGUCAGAUCCGCAAACGUUAAUUAAUAUUUAUUAAAAACAGAAAAUGUUCAAGUUAAGCUUUAUUUUAUAUUUAACAAUUUUAUUUCGUUUAUUUUGAUUUCUGUUACUGGUUCAAAUAAAAUUUAACAAGUAA